GUUUUUUGUAGUGCAGCAGGUAAGAUGACAGUUGACAGAAUUUUUUUCUUCAGUUGUGUUGUGUGCGUGUACAAUAAUGGCUGCUACAUUAACCCCAGAACAAGAAGAAGCAACGAAAGAUUUCAUCGAAAAAGUCAACGCGAAAUAUCGUCGAAAAUUGGGUCCAGUUUCAUGGUCUACAGCCGUUCGUUUUCUCUAUGCUCGAAAAUUCGACGUUCUUCGAGCUUUAGUACUUUUCGAACAACACGAAUUGACACGACAACGUGAAGGCCUAACGUCUUUUGAUCCACUAAAAGAACCACUUCAGUCUGAAUUACUUACAGGGAAAUUUACUAUUUUGCCUAAAAGAGAUGCCACCGAUGCUGCAAUAGCUGUGUUCACUGCACAUAAACACACACCGGCAAAUACCACCCAUCAAGUCACACUUCAAGGUGUCGUUUAUCAACUAGAUGUGGCAUUGCAAAAUCCUGUCACACAAAAAGCCGGAAUUGUGUUCAUUUACGACAUGUCCAAUUCGAAAUAUUCCAAUUUCGAUUAUGAUUUGUCGCAAAAGAUUCUCACUUUAUUGAAGGGCGGCUAUCCGGCCAAGCUUAAAAAGGUGCUCAUCGUGACGGCCCCCUUGUGGUUCAAAGCCCCCUUCAAAAUUCUGCGUCUUUUCGUUCGUGAGAAACUCCGUGAACGUGUCUACACCGUUUCAGUGGCCCAACUUUUAACCCAUAUACCACGAGAAUCUCUACCAACACAGUUGGGCGGCUCACUCAUCCUGGACCAUAAUGGUUGGCUUUCGUUGUGUUUGCAGUCAAUGACCACUCGAGAAGAAACCUCAUUGCCACAAUACGAUGGCAAAACGCCAUCAUCACCACAAAAACGCAUCGAAAUCGAAAUCUCGUCAUCGACGAAUAACAUAAACGAAACAUGGGCCGAAGAAGGCAAUUUGAAUCCUCCAAGUAGUGCAUCGAGUGGUUUCUCUGAUGAUGAUUCGUUGCAUGGAGAUGGUGCAGCAGUUACAAUGCCCCAAUUGGUGGAUUAUGUGCGAGAUAGGGGGCGUUCAGGCCUCAUGCAGGAAUAUGCAGAGAUUCGGUCGCGCCCCCCUGAUGGUACUUUCAAUGUUGCUAAAAUGAAAAAUAACUUGCCGAAAAAUCGAUAUACGGAUGUGUUGUGUUACGAUCAUAGUCGAGUGAUUCUCUCCGAAAUCGAUUGUGAUAAAGACAGUGAUUAUAUACAUGCGAAUUUUGUCGAUGGAUACAAGCAAAAAAAUGCGUUUAUUAAUACACAAGGUCCUUUAUUGAAAACAACACCGGAUUUUUGGCGCAUGAUUUGGGAACAACAUAGUCUAGUUAUAGUGAUGACAACACGAGUCAUGGAAAGGGGGCGACCCAAGUGUCAUCAAUAUUGGGAAACUGAGGUCGAAAGUGAAGCAAUUUAUGGUCAAUUUACUGUCAAAACUGUAUCAGUUGAAACCGAUCCUGACUACACCGUCACCACUAUUAAUCUAAUAAAUAAUAAAACGGAUGAAUCUCGAGAAGUCUCUCAUUGGCAGUUCACUUCGUGGCCUGAUUAUGGGGUUCCCCGUUCGGCUAAAGCCAUGCUCGAGUUUCUGGAACGUGUUAGAAGAAAACAGAAUGCUAUGGUGGUGGCAUUGGGUGAUACUUGGGCGGGGCAUCCCCGAGGGCCUCCAAUUGUGGUUCAUUGUAGUGCGGGGAUUGGUCGAACUGGGACUUUUUGUACUCUUGAUAUUUGUAUAUCUCGUUUAGAGGAUUUGGGAACGGCGGAUAUUCGAGGAACGGUUGAACGAAUCCGAUCACAACGUGCAUAUUCCAUCCAAAUGCCUGAUCAGUACAUAUUUUGUCAUCUUGCUUUGAUUGAAUAUGCCCUCAUGAAAGGGCAUUUACAAUCGGCUGAUUUAGCAGGUUUUGAUCCGGGGGCGGAUGACGAUUCUGAUUAAAUUUUAGUUGAUUCUUUCGAAAUUUUACAUAUCUUGAUUCGUUUUCUGAAAUAAAACCGAUCUUGUAAUAUGACAAAAAAUGGGACAGAUUCUAACCUCACUCAUUUUGACGUUUUUGAAAUGUCAAAUUUGACGUUAAAGCCUGUUUCACAGUGAAAGUGUCAACUGAUGUCCCAUUUUUAGAGUGAAAUAUUACAAGUUUAUUUUUAUAAUAAUCCUAAAUGAAUGUUGGAUGUACCUAUACUCUGUUUCAUAUUAAUGUGCAUCGAAGUCUAAAUGAAUCUUUAAUUUAAAGGCCGAUUUACACAAAGUGUCAUUAUUGUCAUUCAGAACAAAUUUAAUCACAUCAAUAAUGACAAUCUUUAUGUUUGCUAU